AUGAAUAAUCCUCAGUUUUCACAAGAGCGUCCACCACAACAUUAUGGCGCUCCUCCACCGUCACAACAAAACGGUCAACACAAUUCAUCAGCCAACUAUGGACCGUCUUAUAACCAGGCUGAAGGACCGUUGAAUGAUCAAUUUUCACAACUGGGAUUUAAUAACGGACGAUCACAACCACCAGUUCAAAACAAUAAUUUGCCAAGUGAUAAUAGCAAUUUUUCAAGUGGACCACGAGUAAAUACUCCACAAUCAUAUCCACCAGCCAAUUUUGAUGUUGAACUGACUGGGCCUCCCAAGCAAUUUUCUUCAUCAGCACCUUUUGUAGAAAGUUCUAAUCAAAAUGUACAUUCUUCAGAUAAUUUUCAAGAUAAUACUAAAAAUAUGGUACCUCCAUCUUCUUUUCCUGGAAAUAGUAUUCAAUCAAAUAUUCAUGAUGGAAUUAUUAAUCAAGAGUCGAGAGAUUUUGAUAAUGGCACACCAAAUAAUUCAAGAGAGGCAAUGUAUGCAAAAUCUAAAGAAUUUAGUACAAAUAACUCAAAUUUGAUUACGAAUCAAAUUGGUUCUCAACCAACUCAAUCAGCUUUUUCUGUUGUUCCACCUCAAUCUCGUCCUCAAAAACCGUAUUCAGGCAAUGAUCAACAACCACAUUUGAAUGAAAAUGUUCCAUCCCAAUCAGAUUUAUCUACUCAAAAAUUAGAGUAUCAAUCUCAGCCAUCAAAUUAUCCACAACAACAAUCAAAAGUGUCACACCAACAGCCAGAUUUUCAGCCACAGUCUAAUUCAAUAACUCAAUCAGAUUUUUCAAGACAAUCUAAUGCCACACCACAGCAACCAGGUUUUCCACCACAAUCAAAUUUGAAACAGCAGCAACCAGGUUUUCCACCUCAACCCAAUUCAAUGUUGCCGCAGUCAGGUUUUCCUCCACAAGCCAAUUCAACACCUCAGCAACCAGGCUUUCCACCUCAAUCUAGUUCAACUCAGCAGCAACCAGGUUUUCCACCACAACCUAAUUCAGCACCACAGCAGCCAGGCUUUCCACCGCAAUCUAAUUCAUCAUUUCAGCAGCCAGGCUUUCCGCCUCAACCCAAUUCAACUCAGCAGCAGCAAGGUUUCCCACCACAAUCUAAUUUGACACCACAGAAGCCAGGCUUUCCGCCGCAAUCUAAUUCAUCAUUUCAGCAGCCAGGCUUUCCACCGCAAUCUAAUUCAUCAUUUCAGCAGCCAGGUUUUCCGCCUCAGCCCAAUUCAACUCAGCAGCAGCAAGGUUUCCCACCACAACCUAAUUCGACACCACAGCAGCCAGGUUUUCCACCACCUCAAGCAAAUUCAAAACCUCAGCAAGCAGGUUUUCCACCACAAACAAAUUUAAAAUCACAUCAGCCAGGUUUUCCACCACAACCUAAUUCGACAUCUCAGCAGCCAGGCUUUCCACCGCAAUCAAAUUCAUCAUUUCAGCAGCCAGGUUUUCCACCACAACCUAAUUCGACAUCUCAGCAGCCAGGCUUUCCACCGCAAUCAAAUUCAUCAUUUCAGCAGCCAGGCUUUCCACCUCAACCUAAUUCGACACAACAGCAGCCAGGCUUUCCACCACAACCUGAUCCAUUAUCUCAGCAGCCAGGCUUUCCACCUCAACCCAAUUCAACUCUGCUGCAGCCAGGUUUCCCACCUCAACUAAAUUCAACACCACAGCAGCCAGGCUUUCCACCAAAACCUAAUUCAUCAUUGCAGCAACAAGGAUUUCCACCUCAGCCCAAUUCAACUCUGCAGAAGCCAGGUUUCCCACCACAACCAAAUUCAUCAACUCAGCAACCAGGCUUUCCACCACAACCUAAUUCAAUUCUGCAGCAGCCAGGCUUUCCACCACGGCCAAAUUCAACAUCGCAUCAACCGGGAUUUCCACCACAACCAAAUUCAACACUGCAGCAGCCAGGAUUUCCACCACAACCAAAUUCAACACUGCAGCAGCCAGGAUUUCCACCACAACUAAAUUCCAUGUCACAGCAGCCAGGUUUUCCGCUACAACCGAAUCCAAUACUGCAACAGCCAGGAUUUCCUCCUCAACCUAAUUCAAUACUGAAGCAGCCCGGUUUACCACCACAACCUAAUUCAACACUGCAGCAGCCAGGCUUUCCACCACAACCUAAUUCAACACUGCAGCAGCCAGGCUUUCCACCACAACCUAAUUCAACAUUGCAGCAGCCAGACUUUCCACCACAACCUAAUUCAACAUUGCAGCAGCCAGGCUUUCCACCACGACCAAAUUCAUCGCAUCAGCCAGGAUUUCCACCACAACCAAAUUCAACACUGCAACAGCCGGGAUUUCCUCCACAACCUAAUUUAAUAUCGCAGCAGUCUGGUUUUCCACCUCAACAGCAACAAGGUUUUCCUCCUCAAUCAGGAAGUUUACCAUCUCAACAAAUGGGUUUUCCUCCUCAGACACGUAAUUUACUAUCACAACAACCAGGCUAUCCACCUCAACAGCCAGGCUUAACAUCUCAACAGCCUCAACAACCCCAACAACCUGUAUAUUCACAGCAACAAAAUGGUUUUCAUCCUCAACAACCUAGUUAUCCACCUCAACAACCUGGGUAUCCAACUCAACAGCCAGGUUUUAAUCAAGGUACACCAGCUUAUAUGGGUCAGCCAGCUCCAAGUAGAAGAUUAGAUCCUGACCAAAUGCCAAGCCCAGUUCAAGUUAUACAAGAUGACCAACUGAGUAAAAGUGGUUUAUUUUUAACUAAUCAAAGAGGUUUAGUACCCCCUUUGGUUACUACAGAUUUCACAGUACAAGAUUCUGGUAAUGCAUCACCUAGAUUGAUAAGAUCAACUAUGUAUUGUGUACCUACUACAACAGACAUUAUGAAACAGACAUCUGUACCAUUUGGAUUAGUUAUCAGUCCAUUGGCAAAAAUGAAACCAGAUGAAUAUCCUCUACCCAUUAUAAAUACUGGUGAAAUUGGACCAGUUAGAUGUAAGAGGUGUAAAGCUUACAUGAGUCCAUUUAUGCAGUUUAUUGAUGGUGGAAAACACUUUACUUGCCUUUUAUGUAAAGCUACAACAGAAGUACCAGUUGAAUAUUUCCAACACUUGGAUCAUACUGGUCAACGGCUUGACCGCUCUGAAAGGCCUGAAUUAGGUUUUGGAUCAUAUGAAUUUAUCGUUCCAAAAGAAUAUUGUAGGAAAGAAAUGCAACCAAAACCUCCUGCAUAUAUAUUUGUAAUAGAUGUUUCUUAUAAUAAUAUAAAGUCUGGACUUGUUAAACUCAUAUGUGCGUUCAUGAAAGAAUUAUUAACUCAAUUACCAACAGAGUUGGGAAAUGAAAAAAGUAAAAUACGUGUUGGUUUUAUAACUUAUGAUACAACUGUUCAUUUUUAUAAUUUAAAGGAAACAUUAGCUGUUCCUCAAAUGAUGAUUGUUGGUGACACUUCAGAAGUUUUUAUGCCAUUGUUAGAUGGGUUCUUAUGUGAUCCAGAACAAUCAUCUCAAGUUAUCGAUGCACUUAUGGAACAAAUUCCUACUAAUUUCAAUGAAACAAGGGUUACUGAAACUAUUCUUCUUCCAGCAAUAAAGGCCGGAAUGGAAGCCUUAAAGAAUGCCGAUUGUUGUGGUAAAUUAUUUGUAUUCCAUUCAUCCUUACCAAUAGCAGAAGCUCCGGGUAAACUUAAGAAUCGGGAAGAUAGAAAAUUACUUGCCACCGAUAAAGAAAAAACGAUGUUGAACCCGCAAACAAAUGUGUAUAAAGAAUUAGGAGAGGAAUGUGUUCAAGUUGGAUGUAGUGUUGAUCUAUUCAUCACUAACAACUCUUUUAUAGAUCUACCUACUAUUGGUCAGAUUUCUAAAAUUAGUGGCGGUGAAAUUUUCAAAUACACAUAUUUCCAAGCUGAAGUUGAUGGUCAACGAUUCUUGUCGGAUUUAAAACAUGACAUUAGCCGGCCAACUGUUUUUGAUGCUGUAAUGCGAGUACGAACAUCUACUGGUACUCGUCCAACUGAUUUCUAUGGGCAUUUUUUUAUGUCAAAUUCUACCGAUGUUGAGUUAGCUGCAAUUGAUUGUGAUAAAGCUAUUGCAAUUGAAGUGAAACAUGAUGAUAAGCUUGAUGAACAAGAUGGAGUACUAGUACAAACAGCCAUGUUAUACACGUCAUGUAGUGGACAGAGACGUGUGCGUAUAUUAAAUCUAUCAUUACGUUCUAGUGGACAAAUGGGUGAAUUAUAUCGUAGUUGUGACUUAGAUACAAUAAUGAAUUUCUUUGGAAAACAAGUUAUGUAUAAAAUAUUGGAAAGUUCUGGAAGACAAGUAAAGGACGCAAUUACUAAUAAAACUGCUCAAAUACUAGCUACUUAUAGAAAGCAUUGUGCAUCACCAUCUUCAGCUGGUCAACUUAUAUUGCCUGAAUGCAUGAAACUUAUGCCCUUAUAUGUUAAUUGUUUAAUUAAAAGUGAUGCAAUGUCUGGUGGUCCCGAUCUGACAGUUGACGAUCGUUGGUUUAACAUGCAUCUGGUUAUCACUGCGGAUAUACCUACAACAUUGGGUUAUUUCUAUCCACGUCUGAUUCCCAUCCAUACACUUGCUGAUGAAAAACUUUUGGAUGAUGUUUCAAUACCAGAUCAAUUGAGGUGUUCUAUUGAAAAGUUUGCAGAAAAUGGAGCUUAUAUUUUGGAAAAUGGAGUAUAUAUGUUUAUGUGGCUUGGUAUGGGUGUAAGUCAAACAUUUUUGUCAGACGUGUUUGGUGUUCAGAACAUUACAUAUGUUAAUACUGAAAAUUCUGCCAUUCCUGUGUUGGAUAAUCCACUCAACAAAGCUAUUCGUCAGGUGCUGUCUAAAAUUCAAAAAGAACGAAGCCACACAAUGAGACUUUCAAUUAUACGGCAAAAAGAUAAAAUUGAAACUGUUAUGAGACAUUUCUUAGUUGAAGAUCAUGGCAUCGACAAUAGUCCAUCUUAUGUAGAAUUUUUGUGUCACAUGCAUAAGGAAAUUCGCAAUUUGCUCAGUUAG